AUGAACGACCGGCCUAAGCGCGCAGACACCACCAAAGGCCCGCCGUUGCGAAUCCUCAGUCUGGAUGGCGGCGGAGUCAGAGGAUACUCGAUGUUGAUCAUCCUGCAAGAGCUCAUGCACAGGACAUUCGUGGAGACAGAGGGAAGAGCACCACAACGGCACGAGAUACCGAAGCCAUGCGACCACUUCGAUUUGAUCGCGGGCACUGGUACUGGCGGGUUGAUUGCUAUAAUGCUGGGAAGACUACGGCUGGACCUUGAUACUUGCAAGGACUUGUAUGUGCGCAUGACCAAGAGGGUGUUUGAGUCGGACAAGACUUUCCUGGGAAUGCCAUAUCGAGGUACUAUGUUCAAGGCGAGCAAAUUGGAAGAGGUGAUUAGGGAGGUCGUGCGAGAGCAUACUGUCUUUGAAGAUGAGGGGAACGAUUCCCUGGCAAAUGCGACUCCCAUGUCGCCAAACACACCAUCGACCAUCGCAUCCUCUAUUCCACACCGGUCAAUGAGCCAAAGCAGCAGAUACAGUCAGAUUGGCAUGAGUCCGAUGAGCAACAAUCGGUCCUCGAUUGGAUUCUUGAGCAGAGGAAAUCCGAAUGCACUCCUGUACGACACACGCGAGAAGAGGACAAAGACCGCGGUCACAGCUGUACUCAAAGGCACCUCAGUGAUCACGCUCCUCCGAUCGUAUGAUUCGCGCAAGGAACCAGCGCCAGACGUCAACUGCACAAUCUGGCAGGCGGGCCGAGCGACAUCAGCUACUCAGAUGGCCUUCAAGCCGAUUCAGAUUGGUCAGUCGGUGUAUCUGGAUGAAGGAGCUGGUAAAUACAACCCGUCACCACAGAUCUUGGACGAAGCUGUACAAAACGAGUGGCCCGGACGAGAAGUGGGAGUCUUUGUGAGUAUUGGAACUGGCAAGCGUCCACCAGGUACUGGGGCAAAACAGCACGAAUGGUGGGAGGACUUCAUGGGCGGAUCCAUGGGGGAAUUUGCUGAAGCGAGGAGGAGGCUCAUUGCGAAGCUGGAGGGUUGCGAAGACUCGCACAAAUUCAUGCUGAGGGAACACUUGGCCGCACGAGGCGUCAAUCCAGAGCACUACUACCGGCUCAAUGUCGAAGUAGGGGUUGGCGACUUUGGGAUGAACGAGUGGAACCGACUUUCUGAAAUCAGCACCAAAACUCGAUCAUAUCUGACCAAGGCUGAUGUCCAGUCAAUCAGCCUCGGUGCAGCAACAAAGAUCGCAAAGAUUCAUAUUACCAAAGCCAGAAUUGAUCGUGCCGAAGCCAGACGGCAAGCUGGGACAGAUGGUCCACAGUACCAACAGAACUGGCAGCAGAAUCAGAAUCCCUGGGACAGACCAAUCAACACCAUACCACCACCAGCCAACUUCGCAGUCGAGCUUCCAGGCGAUGAUGGAUACCGGCCUGGGCAAGCGUAUGAGCAUAGGCCGAGUCUGGCAGAUCAGAAGUAUACCGUUCAGCCGGACAGUCACUACAUGCAUCGGCCCAGCAUCGCCGAUCAGAAGUACACCGUAUCCAACAACGGCUACGACAACGCACCGCAUAGCUACGACAACUCACCAUACAACUCACCCGCGCAACACGCAGCACGACCAUCGUCCGGAUACCGAGACUCCACGCGCUUAUCGGAGAACUCGUACCAAGACACCAACUCCCCAAGACAAAGUCAGGACUUCCAACCACCCAGUUCACCACCUCCUGUACCGCCCAAGACACCCGUCAACGCGCCCAGUAAUGGUAGUGGCCUUCCAUAUCCCGAUGCACAGUCGCCGUCGAUGGCGAAUCCCCAGCAGAACAGUAACGGGCCCAGGACGUUUAUGAAUAUGGGCGAGUUGGGGAGGCAGUUGCCUUAUCCUGCGCAGACGGAUCCGGGUCCACCGCCCAGUGUGAAUAUGGGGAACAAGCCGCAGAUUUCGUAG